GCAUUUUGUUUCUCAGCUUUCGGUUCUUUCUUCCUUCUUUCAUUCCUGAUUUAGCCGACACGUACAAUUUUUUCCUCUUUUUCUCACCAAAAUUUUCCCAUUUUUCUUCUUCUGCUCUCAAUUAUACUCUCUUUUCGUACACUUUUAUCUCUUCCCACAAACCACCCCCCCUUUCAUUUUUUUUUUAUUCCUUCUAUCAAUUUAAUACGAUUUUUUUAUCAAACCCCACUUCACUCCAAGAACACGACGAGUUUCUCUUCACUACUCUACCAAUCCGCCAAAUCUAGACCCUCCGAUUCCGCCACCCCUUUACGACGGCUGGCUUUGAGGAUUAUAAUAUGAGCGAGCAUUUUUUGAGGCAAUUGGAAACCAAUUUGAUUGCGAUGAAUCUUUGCGAGUAUAACUAGUGUUCUGCCGUCUUCUAUGCUGUCUCAUUUGAGUAGAAAUAUGGGUUUACUCUGCAGCAGAAAUCGUCAUUACAACGAACAAGAUGCUGAAGAAAAUGAGCAGGCUGCGGAAAUAGAGAGGCGGAUUGAACAAGAAACAGAGGCUGAAAAACAUAUACAGAAACUUCUUCUGCUUGGUGCUGGAGAGUCUGGGAAAUCCACAAUUUUUAAGCAGAUAAAAUUGUUGUUCCAAACCGGGUUUGAUGAGGCAGAGCUAAAGAGCUAUAUUCCAGUCAUUCAUGCAAAUGUGUAUCAGACUAUAAAAGUAUUACAUGAUGGUUCGAAGGAGCUUGCUCAAAAUGACAAAGAGUUCUCGAAGUAUGUAUUAUCCAGUGAAAAUAAGGAAAUUGGUGAGAAAUUAUCAGAUAUCGGAGGUAGAUUGGAUUACCCGCGAUUGACUAGGGAGCGUGCACAGGAUAUAGAGACUCUUUGGAAAGAUGCUGCAAUUCAGGAAACGUAUGCUCGUGGUAAUGAACUUCAGGUUCCAGAUUGCACACAAUAUUUCAUGGAAAAUUUGCAAAGAUUAUCUGAUGCAAAUUAUAUUCCAACUAAGGAGGACGUGCUCUACGCAAGAGUUCGUACAACAGGUGUUGUUGAAAUCCAGUUUAGUCCCGUUGGUGAAAAUAAAAAGAGCGGCGAAGUGUAUAGACUCUUUGAUGUUGGUGGACAGAGAAAUGAGAGGAGAAAAUGGAUUCAUCUUUUUGAAGGUGUUACAGCAGUAAUCUUUUGUGCUGCUAUUAAGGAAAAGAAGAUCUUACUAGCUGGUGAUCUAACAACCCAUGUGAAGAUAGUUGUGACGGACAAGACUCGUCGUCCUAUUCCAAUAUCUCUUAUUGUUCGGAUGGUCAGGCUAUUAAGCAGUUUCACUCUUUGGAAUGGAACAAAAAGAAUUGAAAUUAUAAAGUAUGAUCAAACACUUUUUGAGGAUGAACAGAAGAACCGAAUGAUGGAGACCAAGGAACUUUUUGAGUGGGUUCUGAAACAAGAGUGUUUUGAGAAAACAUCAUUUAUGCUUUUUCUCAACAAAUUCGAUAUCUUCGAGAAAAAGGUUCUAAAAGUCCCUCUCAGUGUGUGUGAAUGGUUCAAUGAUUAUCAGCCAGUUUCGACUGGAAAACAGGAGAUUGAGCAUGCCUAUGAGUUUGUGAAGAAAAAAUUCGAGGAGUUGUAUUUUAAGAGCACGGCACCAGAUCGAGUAGAUCGGGUGUUUAAGGUAUACAGAACUACUGCUCUCGAUCAGAAACUUGUAAAGAAAACAUUCAAGCUCGUAGAUGAAACUUUAAGGCGGCGAAAUCUCUUCGAGGCUGGGUUGUUGUGACCUUGUUAACAAUCUUCCUCACACAGAAAAAAUGGAAAAUGGUUGCUCUUGUUUGAUGAACAAACUUAUAUUGGAUUGUCAUUUGAGUAAUUAAAGUUGAAGCUGAAGAAGUUGCAAGUCUGAUUCAUUGAUUUAAAACAUUUUGUGUCAAAUUAAAUUUUGCCUAUUCUAUCUAUCAAAGUUGAAAUCUUUUUAACUAUAUGUAAUUCGAUGUUCCAAAUGGUUGUGAAAUUACAUAAGCUUCAACAGCCUUUCUUUC